UCUAGUUUACUCCAAUGCGUUCUUUACACAGCAACCAUUUUUCGAGUGCAAAACUUCAGUGAACACGACCAAGGUGUCUAUCAAUGCUGGAGCCUGGAUAAUAUGGGUACGUGGUUGACCGCUUCGAUUUCAGCUCGCUUGGAAGACGAUGAACAAGAAGGUUGGAACCCGACCACUCCGUCUCGACACGAUGUCAUACAGGAGCGUACCAAGGAAGGACUGACUGGUCAUUUGAAUUGCAACAUCUCCUCCAUGCAAAUCGGUCGAGCGGAUCAAUUGGAUGGUGAUCAAGAAGAGAUGCUUGUCUUCUGGUUUCGUGGCAGACAAAUCGGGGAACCUAUCGAUUUGGCGGAGAGCAAUAAUAGGGCCGGGCGGAUCAAGUAUUUGACCAGUCGAGUCAAUCGUAUGAGUCAGCUGUUGAGUAUCGUCAAUCCACGGCGGUCGGAAGAUUCUGGAGCAUACAGUUGUCGAAUCAUCGCCAACGAGGACCAAUUCGUCCAACCCACCAUUCAACCAAAAGUUUAUCAAAGUUCAUGGUCUGAUGCAAUCAGCCUGGAGAAUUUGUUGCCCACAAAACCACGAGUUAUUUCGCUCACAGCCCAGAUGGUUAUCGAUCCACAUUACUUGCCCUCGGUUUUGUCUGAUUUCCUUUUACGACAGAACUCUAGCACGCUGGAACUCGAAUGGACGAUGGAUGCACAGUUCAGCCCAUUUCUUCCAAACAGUGAUGACACUCACCAAAUGGAUUUAUACUUUCUCCUCAUAUAUCGAACGCUCCAAGACGCACACUCAGGAUCUUUAUGGGCUAGCUGCACUGUGAACGGCACACACAGAGACCUACACGUCACAAGUGUCCAAUGGCUCGCCCAGCCGGUCGCAUCAGAUAUUCCCGGAGAGCAGAAAAAUUAUCGCUAUUCCAUUCAGAAUCUCAGACAUAACACAACCUAUGCGGUUGCAGUCUACGGCGUUAUUGUACAAAACAACACCCUGUCAAACCAAAAAAUACCGCCCAGAUUCACCCUUUUGAGUGAAACCGUAAUUCAGAAGACGUCUGCAGAUGUCACAGAAACCAGAGCGGAACCAAGGAAAGCCAGUAGUGCAGAACAGAACACGAAAGUCGGGAGCAACCAGAAAACCGUAGAAGAUGUUAUCUCUCGCCACACCGCUGGCAAUUCAGAGGUACCUCAGAAAUCAGUUGCAAAACACAAACUGGUUAACUUAAAAGAAAACCAUAUUAUCAUUGUUGUGCUGGGGUCACUCGCAGGGGUGCUUCUGGUCGUAGCUGUGAUGUUGAUCAUCCUAUGUCUCUGGUGUCAACUACGAACCAAAAGAAACACGUAUUCAGUCGCUUACGUUCUGUUUUCACCUAAAACAGAUAUCUUCAAAUCUCCGAACAAGGGUCGCGCGACAAUCUCAUCGACCGAAGUUCCUUGCACUCCAAUCGAACGCGGUUUAAACGGUCACCCGGGAUUGUCGUACACUGAUGCCUAUCUAACAGACUACCUAUUGGCUCAGCCGACAACACUGGAUCCAAACGUACAGCUUCUUGGGAAUUUCACUGCAAUGCUCAAAGACCCACAUUCAACCCUAAGUUGGCCAUCCCUGGCUUUCACGGGUGAUGUUCUACAUCACAACUCGGUCGGACCAUGGUCGAACUCUUUACGGCAGUCCGCUGCCAAUCCUGUUCUGAACGGAUAUUUUCCUGGAGCUGGACCACAGCCCUCGAUGGCGAGCAAUGGUGCAAUCAACGGACUAUUCUUCGCCGCCGAACAAACAUCUUACAAGCACACCACAGAAGAUGAGGAUGGAGAUUCCGCCCCCUUGGAUUCGGUCAACGAAGAAACGGAGAGAGAUCGAGGCGGCGGUCCGGGCAAAGGGGAUCAGUUUGGAUCGAUUCCUUUUUUCCCUGACAACGUAGAGGAAGAAACCAAUGCUGGUCAGAAUGACCAAUCAUCUUCCGUCUACUCACACAUUGGAUCCAUUUCCACACUGAACGAACUUCCGCCCCGUAUUUACGACAAGAACGGCCCAAGAAGCAAUGGCGCGAAUCCAAUAUCCAGCCCCGUUUACAUUCCCGGACACGAGUCUCAACUGAUGCGACCGAUUCCCAUGUAUCUCAGACCACAGACAUCCCUGCCCGGUCCCACAACGGAUCGAUCGGGUUUCUAUUCAGCAUUCGGAUCGGGCUUCAUUCAACCUGACUUGAAGCCAACUAUCCCUCUACAGCCUAACCUGUUCUACCGUACGCUCCCACCAAGAAACCUCUUGGAUCCCACAAAACAGUUGGAAAUGGUUCAGCGACUCCGAAGUCCGGAGAACAAUCCACUUUCACUUAUCCAACCGGACCGCCAAACAUGUGGCAUCAGACCGAGUUUCCCGGCUGUUGCGUUCAAUAAUGUCCUUACUAGUUAUCCGUAUAGACCUGCUCCGGCAAGCAAUCCGUCUGAACCAAAGACUAUUCUAAACGAACCUGAUACUGCUAAUAUGUCUCACCUUGGUACCCAGCAAUUUCUAGAGAAACUUGUCUCCGAUUCUGCAAGGAACUUCGGUCUGCCUGCGCGAUGCGAACAAGAGUAUCCGGCUGAUGUGGACGGAGCGGUUCAAGAACGGACCGAAAGCCAUUCUACCAACAAGAAGUUGGGAUCAACCUACACUGACAGCGGCGUUGAUCUACAGGCUUCCGGAAAUAUUGAUUCAAAUGGACGUGGAGAUGUGCAGUCCAAGUUGGAAACACAAAACCCUUCAUCUCCGGAUUACACAAGCCCAAAGACAGUGGACAGCGUUCUGGAAGAUGAAAUCCACAUAAGACGACCAAUUCGCACGCAUGACAAUAACAGGUAUAAGUCGCAUUACUCCAGUCAAUCAGACGGAAGUUUGACGGAAGGCGAAACUCGAAAUUGUAGCUCCAACAAAGUGCCCGCGAUGGGUCGGUCGUGUAACGGAGCAACCGACCAUCUUCCAAAGAAUUUGGGGCGCUUCAGACUGAGGAACAAACGUCCGUAUUCGGAGGAUCACGGAGAUGAUGCACUCAAAAACCUGAUGCCUGAUUUCAUUGUCUGAUUGCGACGAGAACAAUGGCGUCACUGAGUAGUAUUUUCCCGUUUCUAUUGCAUAUGUUCCCCACUGCGCCAUCUGGCUGAACAUCAGAUAGGAUUGAUAUGCGUUUGUAGUUGCACUCCGUCUGUUCUCCGAAAACAGCCCGACAAGAAAUGGUUUUAUUUAUCCGCAUUUAUACAUGCUUCCUGUUGAUCGAUGUGGUGGUCAGGGAGAAGAGGACGGGGGAGCUCUCCUCAUUCUGUACAACAUUGCAGACAUCAUACUAUUCCGGAGAUAUACAGAACGAUGGGAAUAUACAAAGAUGAAAUUAGAUAAAGUUAAUAGUAAAUUUGAAAUAAAAGGAAC